ACACAUCUGAAUUCAUGGUCAACAUCCAUGAGGUGUACGCCUCUUCCAAACAUAAAACCCUUCCAAGGCUAAAACCUCGUGCUCUUAUACCAAGUGCGGUUGCAACCAAUAGAUCUUUAUAUAUUCAGUUUUUAUUCAAGCAGCCAUUGUUAAUGUUAUUUCGAAACUCAGCUCUCACCAUUUCAUAAGUCUAGUUCAUUUCCAGAGAACAUUUGUAUCAGCAAUGGCAGCUGCUUCCUCUCACCAUUUAUCUGCAUUGUCUGCAACUUCAAACCACAAUGGAGGUAACAAUGGUAGCCAAAUAUGGGGAAAAAGCCUUAGAUCAGUCUCUUCUGCUAAGUUUCCAUCCAAGUUAGCCAGAAAAACAGUGAGAAUGGCUCUCAAGGAAGAUGGGCCAUCAGUGGCUGUUGUGGGUGUGACUGGUGCUGUUGGCCAGGAGUUUUUGAAGGUGUUGACUGAAAGAGAUUUUCCCUACAGGAGUCUUAAGCUGCUGGCUAGCAAGCGAUCUGCAGGAAAACACACGACUUUUGAGGGACGAGAUUAUCUUAUAGAGGAGCUCACAGAGGACAGUUUUGGUGGUAUUGACAUUGCUCUUUUUAGUGCUGGUGGCUCAAUAAGCAAGAAGUUUGGACCUCUGGCUGCUAAACAAGGCACAAUUGUAGUUGAUAAUAGCUCUGCAUUCCGGAUGGAUGAUGGUAUUCCUCUUGUUAUUCCUGAGGUCAAUCCAGAAGCAAUGGCUCAUAUAAAACUCGGUUCCAAGAAGGGAGCACUUAUUGCGAAUCCAAACUGUUCAACUAUCAUCUGUCUCAUGGCAGCUACACCUCUGCAUCGUCAUGCAAAGGUGAAAAGAAUGGUGGUUAGCACUUAUCAGGCAGCAAGUGGAGCUGGUGCUGCAGCAAUGGCUGAACUUGAACAGCAAACACGUGAGGUUUUGGAAGGAAAAGAGCCAACUUGUAAUAUCUUUAGUCAACAGUAUGCAUUCAAUCUCUUCUCUCACAACACAAAAAUCUUCCCAAAUGGUUACAACGAGGAAGAGAUGAAGCUAGUAAAAGAGACGAGGAAAAUUUGGAAUGACCAAGAUGUAAGAGUGACUGCAACUUGUAUACGAGUCCCAGUAAUGCGAGCACAUGCAGAGAGUAUCAAUCUGGAAUUUGACAAGCCACUCGAUGAGGAUACUGCUCGAGAGAUUCUUAAGAAUUCUGAUGGUGUUGUUGUUAUUGAUGAUCGAGAUGCCAACCACUUUCCAACUCCUCUACAGGUUUCAAACAAGGAUGAUGUUGCUGUUGGAAGGAUCCGGCAAGAUGCUUCUCAAAAUGGCAAUUAUGGAUUGGAAAUUUUUGUUUGUGGGGAUCAAAUACGCAAAGGGGCUGCUCUUAAUGCAGUGCAAAUUGCAGAGAAACUUUUUUGAGAACAACACUGUAUGCAGUGUAAUGAUUUCUCAUCUCAUUCAGUUUUGUUGAGGAAUUUUCGCCAGAUGGAAGAGUCAUUUUUUGAAAAUUAGAACAUAAAACAAGAGUGUAUGCAGUAUAAUGAUUUCUUAUCUCAUUCAAUUUUGUUGAAGAUUUUAUGCCAGAUGGAAGGGUUUUUCUUUCUUUUAAUUAUUGCAUAAAAAUGAUAGGAAAAGGGACUAUAAAUUCCAUGUCCUAUUUUUUUUGUUGGAAUAUCCUGGUAAAAUUUAGUGUACGUUUUUUUUUUGAGAAUUGAAGUGUUAUUGGAAGAAUGGCCAUUAUAUAUCUGUGCAUUAAGGAACACUCUA